CAAAUCAGACACAGUAUUCAAAUCUUAAUUUGGUACUUCCGGUCUCUGUAGAAAGGAGGGAUGAUGGGGUGGUCGAAGGAGCUCGCCGGCGACUGUAGUGCAUGGGUGGAUGAGAAGACAAUCAAUCAAGGUGAAAAGCUUGGUUGGAGUGUUGAUUGGAUUGGGUUGUUUGGUGGGUUUGAAGUUUGCAGUGAGAGAUCAUAAUCAUUUCUUUAUGGCUUCUGAAGCAAUCCACGCUGCUGGGAUUUUGGUGUUGAUAUAUAAGCUCACCACCCAGAAGACCUGUUCUGGUCUUUCACUUAAGAGCCAACAACUUACAGCUUUAUUUUUAGCUAUAAGAUUGGUUUGUAGCGCCAUAUUGGAAGCGGACAUCCAUACAGUGCUAGAUUUUGCCACAUUGAUUUCAACAGCAUGGAUUAUAUGCAUGAUACAAUUCAAGUUGAAGUCAACCUACAUCAAUGAACUUGACAACAUGCCCUUAUACUACAUGGUUGUGCCUUCUGCUAUUGUCGCUGUGUUAAUCCACCCGCAUACACCAGAUUUAAGCAAGCAGAUUCUCUGGGCUUUUUGUGUGUUCUGGGAAUCUGUCUUACUUCUGCCUCAACUUAAGGUUUUUGUAUCCACUCCAAUUUUUCACUAUGAAUUUGACAGCAGUUUAUUGAAACUACAUGAACUAAAUUUGUUGUGAUCUUCUCGUAAUGGCUAUUAGAUGAUUGAACCAUUUACAGCUCAUUAUGUAUUUGCAUUGGGUGUUGCAAGAUUCUUAGCUUGUGCACAUUGGAUCAUCCAGGUUAGUUAUGUUCCUUUGGGUUUUACAAUUCUUAUGCACAAUGUAUACUUGCUUAUCACAUGCUUUAGUAACUAGUAUACACCCAUCUAAUUAAAAAUUGAUAAGUAAUUUAAAAUCAUGGUGUGCCCUAACUAAAUACAUGGUAAGAUCUAUUAUAUAUAAGAUUAUAAUUUUUUAUUGGCUGGGUGUAUAAAUUAAUU